AUGGAGACUGCGAUAUGUGGGAGACUACCUCUCUCCCCUAACCACGUCUUCAAUCCUAAACCAGCUGGUGUUUCUCUAGCUGCUGCGGUCAUGUCACUAAGUUAUUCAACUAUAGCCUGGGCUGGUUGCUUAAGCAAAGGUCGGGUUGAAAAUGUAAGUUACGCAUACAAGAAAACGAGCCCAGCAGAUUACAUGUUCAGGGUGUUCAAUGCGUUGGGUCAAAUCUCGUUUGCAUUUGCAGGGCAUGCAGUGGCCCUUGAAAUUCAGGCCACAAUUCCAUCAACUCCCGAGAAGCCUUCGAGGAUACCCAUGUGGAAAGGUGCCCUCGGAGCCUAUUUCAUCAAUGCCAUUUGCUAUUUCCCAGUGGCCCUUAUUGGGUACUGGGCUUUUGGUCAAGAUGUUGAUGACAAUGUGCUCAUGGAUCUUAAGAAACCUUCAUGGCUCAUUGCUGCUGCUAACUUAAUGGUCGUCGUCCAUGUCAUUGGCAGCUACCAGGUUUAUGCUAUGCCUGUUUUUGACAUGCUGGAGAGCUUGAUGGUGAAAAAAGUGAACUUCCCACCAGGAAUUGCACUCAGACUAAUCACAAGAUCAGCUUAUGUUGCAUUUACAUUAUUCGUUGGAGUGACCUUCCCUUUCUUUGGGGACCUACUUGGUUUCUUUGGUGGAUUUGGUUUUGCCCCCACUUCAUAUUUCCUUCCUUCUAUAAUGUGGCUUAUCAUUAAGAAACCAAAGAGAUUCAGCCUCCAAUGGCUCGUCAACUGGGCUUGCAUCUUGAUUGGAAUGUUCAUCAUGUUGGCCUCCACAGUUGGUGGCUUCCGGAAUAUCAUCACUGAUGCAUCUACGUAUCGUUUCUACACAUAAUUAAUUAAUGAGGGGCGAAUGUUUAUUAUGUCAUUAAUUGGACCAGAAGUAUGUAUUAUUAUCAUGUUGAGGAUAGACUUACUCUUGUACGGCCUAAAAUGUUAUGUCAUCUCUCUUCCUUCACCGAUCC